GUGUGUGUGUGUGUGUGUGCGUGCGUGCGUGCGUGGGGCAAAAGGUGAAUGUGUCCACCUAUGCCAGCAGAAGAGUGCCUUACCGCCGACGACGAGCAGAGCAAAGACCAGGACCUUCAUGAUGGCUGUGUGGGAGCGGUCAUCCUCAGGUGGCUUUAAAUACCCCACCAGUGAGGGGUGAGGGACGGAGGGGAGUGGAUCAAGAUUGCACCGGUAUGGGUGCUGGUCUGGUCACAGGUGCUUAUGUAAGACGUGGCUCUGACACGUGUGUGUGUGUGUGUGUCUGUUUUAGGGUGCUUGUGUAAGACGUGGCUCUGACAUGGCUGUGUGUGUGUGUGUGUGUGUGUGUGUGUGUGUGUGUGUGUGUUUGUGUGUGUGUGUGUAUGUUUGAGGGUGCUUGUGUAAGACGUGGCUCUAAGAUGGCCGUUGCAGGCUCUAUCAACUAACCUGGGAGAUAAACAUCCCAAAAUACUUCUUUAUCUUGGGAACGCACCAGCUGAAUGGAAAACCUGAAUGUCACCUCCUCCUCCUCAUACUCUCACACACACACACACACACAGUCAGACCAGGAUGGCCUCGCACACCAAAUACUGCCGAUUUAUUGAAGUAGACAAGUAAGAAGUAAAAGUAGUAGGUCAAAUCAAUAAAAUGGACUUCUCUCUCUCUCUCCCUUUCUUUCUCCUUUUAAAUUUUUUUAACAUAAUUUUUAUCCUACACAAAAGUUUAAUUGUGUGAAUCUUUCAGUGUUUUUGUAAACCAAUAAAGAAUGAGUUAAAAUCUCAAAUCUCUCUAUCUAUCUCUUCCUCUCUCUUGGUCUAGCCUGUCGGUGCUCAUGGAGCAGGACCACAGAAUCAACAGCAGGACUGGGGCCACUUCAAAAGAAUGAACCCACAGUCCACUACCAGACCAGAGCAUGCGAAUAACUGACCCGAGCUUUAAUGGUGCUGGUGACUAACGUUUUGACGCAGAAAGCGUCUUCAUCAGAAUCAAAACACACAUAAACACACACACACCAGCAGCUGUACCAUGUGCAUAACUCACACACACAUACACAUACACACACACACACACCAGCAGCCGUGCUAUGUGCAUUGGCCAACACAAAUGGAGCUAUUUCAGAGGAGGUUAGAUGCACAGGGGCACCAACAAAUGAAGGAGGUUAAAAGUUUGCAUAAAUAAUCUGUAACACCCUGGUUACCCAGACCUCCGUCUCCAAGGAUACACACCAGAUCAGAAUCCAAUGUGCCUGACAACCAAUACCUGUCUGACUGACUGACAGUGAUUAAACUAAAAAUGGUACACACAGUCAUUCUGUGAUCUGCACAGUAUAUCAGAAUGACUAUAAUAUGCAACUACGAUGUAUGCAACUUAACUGACAAAAUGUCUUCUUUUCAAGUUUAGUCAACGAUUUUGGAAAUGUUUGAUGAUUAUGAGCUCCGAGCCUCUACUAUCUUCCUGGCAGUUCUGACACACAGGGUCUUGGUAUUCAGGUGCUGUACAGUAUGUAGCAGAGAACCACUGGAGGCAGAUAACCCUGAGGGCAGGUGAGUGAAUGCAGGGGUCAGUGAACAGGCUAGGGGUCAGGUGAGGCCAGCCUGUUUUGAUGGCCCAGGUGAGGAUCAAGUGCGGCCAUGUCUAGUCAACGGGAAAGUGACCUUGGAAAAAAGCCUGACCCUUCAGCUGGCACUGUAUUUGUUUAAAAAUCUAAUUUUAUCCCUCCUGUGUGUGUGUGUGUGUGUAUUUGCAUGCGUGUGUGUGUGUGUGUUCAACAAAUGGAUAUAAAAGAGGGUGCAGCAGGGCUGAGGAGUUGUAGAUAGAAGGAUGAUGAAGUUUGUGGUCCUCGCUGUUCUGGUUGCUGGAGCCUACGGUUGUGGGCUGCCCACAUUCCCCCCUGUGGUGACGAGGGUGGUGGGAGGAGUGGAUGCCAGAGCCCACAGCUGGCCCUGGCAGAUCUCUCUGCAAUACACCAGAAAUGGCAACUGGUACCACACCUGUGGAGGAACCCUCAUCUCUGCUGACUGGGUCCUCACUGCUGCCCACUGCAUCAGCAGCAGCAACACCUACCGUGUGGCCCUGGGGAAACACGAUCUGACAGUGACCGAGGAGGCCGCUCAGUUCAUCAACGCCGGACAGAUCAUUGUUCACGAGAAGUGGAACCCCUUCUUCAUCCGUAACGACAUUGCCCUGAUCAAGCUGGAGACGCCCAUCACCGUCUCUGACACCAUCAUGCCCGCCUGUCUGCCUGAGGCCGGAUUCCUUCUGCCCAACAAUGCACCUUGCUACGUCACCGGCUGGGGACGCGUCUACACCGGCGGUCCCAUCGCUGAUAUCCUGCAGCAGGCUCUGCUGCCCGUGGUGGACUACGCCACCUGCUCCAGGUACGACUGGUGGGGCAGCCAGGUCAAGGACACCAUGGUGUGUGCAGGUGGAGAUGGUGUUGUGUCCGGCUGCAACGGUGACUCCGGAGGCCCCCUGAACUGCCAGAACGCUGACGGAGCCUGGGAGGUGCACGGAAUCGUCAGCUUUGGAUCCGGACUCAGCUGCAACUUAGCCAAGAAGCCCACCGUCUUCACACAAGUCAGCUCCUACAUGGACUGGAUCAGUGCCCAAAUGGUGUACUACUGAGCAGAAUCGCUUCUGGACCAGAACCAUCAGCAUGUUCUGGAAACAGCAAAUAAAGCUGCAG